AUGAACGCUUUAAGUCAUAAAGAGUCACGAAAACGAAGACCAACUCAAUGCAACCAAGAUGUACACACUGACGUUUCUUCCCAAAACAAAUGCACAGAGAUCCCUACAAACUCACGAACACUAAGCCACAUAUCCAGCACAGUGUCGACAGCAGCUGUACAAGUACGUGAUCAAGCUAUCAAUUUAACCAGGAGAGUUUUGUGGACACAAAGUGCCGAUGUGUCUUACUCUAUCAUCUCACCCAUUUUAUCUGAUUCUAAAGUCGCUAACUCCUCGAGUUCAUUUGAUGAGAAACCAAAGUUUUUGGAAACCUAG